ACAAAAGUCCGUUUCGUUUGUAUGGCAUUGCCAAGCAACACAUGUCGGUUAUUACACUACUCUCGGUCCUGUAGGUUAAGUCUGAAGUUUUAAUUUUUGAAGCAGAAAACAACCUCAAGAAUGGCGACUGCAGUGUUGGCGAGCCGGGAACUUCCCCCUGAACCAACCGAACAUUGUUUAAAAGAGACCGAGAGAAAGGAAGGGACGGAGAUGGUUUACUCUGGAUCUGUAGGUAACGAUAUAGGAAUCUCCACGGAAGGUUUUAGAUCAUCAAAAUACAACCCUUCUGAAUGGCACGAGGCCAACUAUGCCAAGUACUACCAAUCUUUUGUUGACAGAGAUGCUGCCGAAAAAAUCCGCCACGAAGGCAAAAGAACGUCAAACGAAGUAGAGGCCACAACAAACAAGACCCAAGCAGAAGUGACCAAAAAGUUAAACGAACGUUGCCAUGAUAUUGGUUUCUGGAAAUUUGAACUGGAAAGGGAAAUCAGUGAUAUUAUUUCAGAGACUGAUUUGCUGUUAGUUUUAAAAAAGAGACUAGAGAAUGGACUGCGAGCAACAGAAGUACCACUGCACAUUUCAACAGAUAACUUGAACUGCCGACAGAGGAGACAGGGAGUUGAUUUGGUACAGGAUGACGUAGAACUGUCACUGUUGAAGGAGGUUGAAAUCAUAAAUAAUGUCCAAGACCUUUUGAAGAAAUCAAUAGCUCAGGCAGAACAACAGAUCAGGUUGAACAGAGAUGCUAAACAGGAUUUAGAGAUGGACUGGAGCGACAAGAAGGAAGCUCUGGAGAUUGAUCAGAAAUGUGCCGCCCUGCGAAACCAUCACACCAACAAGCAGUUUUAUGCUGGGGCUGCAAAAUUUCAGGAAAUUCAGUCUACCCCCGAAUCCUGGGCUCAGUUCACUCACGACAACAUUGUCCGAGCAGAGCACGAACGCAUGGCCUCAAUGCAGCUUCGCACGAUGUUGGACAACAUUCUGGAAGAUACGUCCCGCGACAUGCGUGAACAGUGUGACACUGUUGACGUCAACUUCCAGAACCGUGUUGCAGAAAUGGAGGAUGCUAAGACCAAACUUGAGGAGAACUUAAACAAGGUGGUUGAUGAGAUCACGAGCCAGGAAAAGAACAUCAGCAUGUUGAAGCAGGCGAUCCGAGACAAGGAGGACCCGCUCAAGGUUGCUCAGACCCGUCUACACAACCGCUCAUACCGACCCGGCGUCGACCUCUGCAGAGAUCCCGCCCAAUACGACCUGGUUGCUGAAGUUAAUGAGAUAUGUCAGUCGAUCGAUGCCCUUCAUGCCCAACUGAACCAAGCGGAAAACUCACUCAAGGAUCUCCAGGACAAUCGGAUGUCGCUCGAGAAAGAAAUAUCCACCAAGAAGAACAGCAUCUUCAUCGAUCGCGAUAAGUGCAUGACCAAACGCACACGCUAUCCCACAGCGCUUCGUCUUCAAGGAUUCCAAUAGAAGGAUGGUAGACUGAUUUUCAACUGGAUUUUGAAUUACAAUGAAAUGUUGCCAAGACUAGACAGAUUGUGGGAAGACGGUAUUGUCUGUUAUUCACAAGAUUUCACUGCAAUAAACAUUUUCACUGACAUUUAAAAAAAAAAAAAAAAAAAAUAUUGCUUCCACUGACUUUGUUUGGACUGUGAUCAUCAGAAUGCCUACGGUAUUAUUAAUCAAUUUGGUUUGCUUUGUAAUUGUUUUGUCCAGUAUAUUACUCUGCUCAAUAUUGCUAGAUGCUCAUAUAUAAUAUUAUGUUAUAGAUAUUGCGGGUUGUCAGGUUUGUCAUUGUUGUUCUCAUAAUAAAACCCAACAAUUGUGUUUUGUGCAUUGUUUGUUAUGGUAAUGUUGUUUUUAGUGGACUUAUUUUAACAGUCACAUUGUCACUAUACAGAGUUAUUACAUUGUAUAUACACCAAACCUUGCCUUGAGGAAAUAAAUGAAAAAAUAUCAGUAUUAAAGUAAUAGUAGAUUAAAAUCUCACGCAUAAAUAUCCAAGUGUUAAUUGUAAUUAUGUACAAAAACCAAUAAAUCUGUAUACCAAA